AUGAUCGACAUCAUCUACCCUCUCCUCUCCGACGACGACACUCUUACAAAAGACUCAGCACUAUCCAAGUGGUCAGAGCUUCUUCAUGACAUCUUCACCAAGAAUGGGCGCCCCAUGGAUAGCGCGCUGAAGUACAAAGACCAACUUGAGGCAGCGGGUUUUGUAGAUGUCAACAUAGUGAAGCGCAAGUGGCCUUUGAAUCGAUGGCCCAAGGAUCCCAAACAUAAGCAAAUUGGUACCUGGGCCCAGCAGAACACUUUGGAUGCCUUAGCAGCAUUGAGUCUCGCUGUCUUCACACGCCCUGAUGGCCAGGGUGGACUUGGCUGGAGUAAAGAAGAAGUUGAGGUUUUCCUGACUGAUGUGCGGAAGGAUAUUAAGAAUGUGAACAUUCAUUCGUACUGGCCAAUCUGGUCCGUAUAUGCUACAAAGCCCGAAUGA